UUAUAAAGUCUUUGUUAUAAACUGGACGUAAAGACAUCCACCAAAAUCUUACCUAAGAUACCAUUGAGUUGCAGUAGGGGAAACUAAUUACUAAUAAUUCCAUCCUAUGUCACGUGAUGAGGGAUCAACAGUUCUAAACAUAAAACUCAUCCACAGUACAUUACAUUACAUUACAGUCAGUUUUCAAUACCACAGACACUACAUGUGGUAAACACGUUCAAAGCACAAAAUAUUACAGACAAAUAGGAUACACAAAGAAUGAGCUAAAUCAUGCACAGGGUUCAUGGUCUGUAUCCAUAAAGUACUUUUCUAGGUUUGAUGACCAAUGAAAAGGAUGGCUAAAAAAAUAACAUCUUUUAUUCUCCCUUCAGAAAGUGAUUCAGAAAAUAGGGCUACAUUUUAAUAUGUGUGUGUUGGUGUGUGUGUGUCUGUCUGUGUGCAUGAACAGGAACCCCUCCCGUUGAACAGGAAGAGGGUGACGUCAGUUGGCUCUGCAGUCGGAACUGCAAUAUUUGAGUGUGUGCGUGUGCGUGUGUGAGAGAGAGAUAGUUACUGUGCAUGUAAAGUAUUUUAAGCUGUUUAAGUGCCUGAGUUAAGGUGUGUGUGUGUGUGUGUAGGUCUGAAAGAGUUUGUGUUGCGCAUGGCUUCAUUCCGUGCGCGCGCAAGAGUGAUUUAACGGAGGGGGUGUGUUUAUCGGAAAUUGAGAUUCUCUCUCUCUGCAUGUGUGUGUGUGUGUUUGUGUGUGUGUGUGCGUACGUAAGUGCGUGUGUACAGACGGGAAUACUGCGCCAGAGGAAGUGCGCCGGUUCUCCGUCUGCGCGUCCCGACUUCCUGCUCUGAGGAGGGAGAGAGAAAAGCUCCGGAUCCGCUUUCAGACAUCAGCAGCGGCAGCGGCAUGGAGCCCCGACACAACACACACUCCCCGCUUUAAGACAAAAACACACACAGGUCUCUCACGGGCAGACGGACAGAGGAACAGCCGCCGUCCACCGCCGGAUUGCUUGCGUCCCUGGUGUCAUCCCGUCAUGGAGAGCUCCAUCACACUCUGGCAGUUCCUGCUGCAGCUUCUGCUCGACCAGAGCCACAAACACCUCAUCCGCUGGACGUCCAACGACGGCGAGUUCAAGCUGCUCAAGUCAGAAGAAGUGGCCAAGCUGUGGGGGCUGCGCAAGAACAAGACCAACAUGAACUAUGACAAGCUGAGCAGAGCCCUGCGCUACUACUACGACAAGAACAUCAUCAAGAAAGUGAUCGGCCAGAAGUUUGUCUACAAAUUUGUGUCGUUCCCUGAGAUUCUGAAGAUGGACCCUGCGAUGGUGGAGUCUGGUCGUUGCAGCGAGGACAGUGCGACAUCAGAGCCUGACGCUGAAGACGAGGACGGGAGUGGCAGAAACGAAUACCUCCACUCUGGCCUGUACUCCUCCUUCACUGUCAGCUCCCUGCAACACUCCCUGGAACCACACCGACCGAUCAAGAUGGAGCCCCGAUCUGGUCGCCACGACGACAGCUCUUCUGUCAUCCGGUUCAUAACUAACCGUGGUCACUCAUCCCUCCCCUCCACCCCACCCCCAUCCUCGAGUGACACCUCACACUCCUCCAGGCCGUCUCCCUCCUGCUCCACCUCUCCACAACAAAGCCCAAACCACACGCAUUGGAGGGGGCGUAGCCACCGCACAGAUACUGAUGAGUCGGAGCAGAUCGCUCAACCCUUAAACCUGUCGUCAGGUCAGAGAGAGAGGGAGAGGUCGCAGAGCACCACCACGCCAGAGAGGAGGGGCUUGGCCAAUGGUGGGCCUUCGAAGAGCAGGAAACCCAAAGGCUUAGAAAUCUCCGCCCCUUCCCUCCUGCUGACAGGAAGUGACCUUGUCUCCAUCGCCCUCAACAGCCCAGCUCUGCCUUCAGGGUCCCUGACCCCAGCCUUCCUCACCGCACAGACUCCGUCUGGUCUGCUGCUCACACCCAGUCCUCUGCUCUCCAAUAUCCAUUUCUGGUCCAGUCUGAGCCCGGUGGGACCACUCAGCCCUGCACAACUUCAGAGCCACGCCCCCCUCUUCCAGUUUCCCACACUGUUAAACGGACACAUCCCAAUGCCUUUGCCCAGUGUGGACGCUCCGACUCCCCUGCUGUUGUCCCCAGGCUCCCACAAGUCCUGAUGUCAACCCGAGCCCCAUUAGAGAGAGCUGGGCCGAACCAGACUGAGCCGGUCCAGUUCAGCACAGAUCAGGAAUAAGCCAGUCAGCUUUAAUCUCUGAUGAGGACCAUCAUUACUGGAGACCAGCUUCCCCCGAGUCUGAUUACACGUGAAGACUCGGGAGCUUCACUCUGAAGCUUUGCUCUCUGAGAGGAGUAUUUUGCAAUUUUACAUUUCUUUGUGUGUUUAACACAGUUAAACUGCUCAUGUUCAUUUCAUUAAUGUUUUAUGUUUUCCUCUUUUCAGGAUGUAAAAUCCUCAGAAUUGAUUUCAAUGCAAUUUUUUUUUUUUACUGGAGGUUGCAAAUCUCAUCGCAUUCAACUUGGUUCAAGUUUAAGAGCCUGUUGACUGUUUGCAUUUUCUGAUUGUUAUUAUCUUCGAACACUUGCCCUGCUAACGUCAGCAUCCACACCUCUGACUCAAACAAUGGAGAUCUUGAGAAAUCCUUAUCAGAAACGAUCACACCUCACAGAGACAGACUUUCUAAGUAUACUACAGAAUGUCGUGAACCUACGAGACCGGAGUGCAGCUUCUUUAUAGACGUUCACUUUGCACAAGAAAAUUCAGUUCAAUUCAUUUGUAUGUGUUUAACACCAGAUCACAACAGAUAUUAUCUCAAGGCACUUUACAUAAGGUUGACACCUGACAACGUUAUAGAGAAAAACAACAGUUCACACAACGAGCAAACACUGAAAACUGUAGAGAGAAAAGAAAACUCGAGAACCCAACCGGUUAGGGUGACCGGCUAAUAUAAUGAAAAUGAUAAGAGUGAUAUUCACAGAUGUAAUGAUGUUAUUAUUGAUAGCAGCACCUGUUAAUCUAAACUAGACUUAUUAUAAUGAUCGUUUUUUAAUUAGUGCGCAGUGCAUGAUGGGAGUUCCCCCAGCAGUCCAGACUUACAGUAGCACAACUAAAGGAUGGUUCAGCGCUCACCUGAUCCAGAACUAACAAUAAGCUUUAUCAAAACGGAACAUUUUAAGUGUAACCUUAAAUGCAGGGAUGGCUUCCGAACUCAGAGUGGGAGCUGGUUCAACAGGGGAGGAGCCUGAUCGCUGAAGACUCUGUAGGAAAUGAAUCCAAAUCUAAGAGUUAAUAACCAAACAUCCGUCAGGAAAACAGAUUUCUACUGAGGACUGAGUGUUAUUUUGUCAAAUUCAAGGUGAUGCCAAGAAGUUCAGCUCAUAUACACACUCAAACCACAACUUGUCAAUUAUACACUUUUAGGGAUUAAACAAACAGGCAAUAACACAUUAACGAGUGAGAUUUAGAUAUGCAGGUAAGCAGAUGUUGGGAGGUUCUCCCCUGCUUCAAGUCUUUAUGUAAGGCCUGACUAACCAGCUGUAGCUUUGUAAAGAAAAUUAUUUCCCCAAGUCUGAAAAAUUGAAAUCCCAAACUGGGACCAUAACUGGAUGAUUCGACGCUACAGGCUUCAUAGGCCUGUAAAGACACCUUGCUAGUGGUGCAAGUCAAGUUUUUUCCCUGUGCUAAGUCUCUGUUUCAAUAGACCAUAUCUAUAGUUAUUUAACAGUAUAUAAUUGGACAUGUGGACACAUGAGAUGACACCUUCACCGACUCCUAGCAGAGCAGCUGCUGGCCGGAGCGGUCUUCUGUAUUGCUUUGACAAGUUGACUCGAUGCUGUGAACUUAACUUCAGCUGCAGUUUUAUGCUUUUGUUUUUAAUGCACUGUUUGUUUUUGACGCCUCGUACCAGCUGUGCCUUGGAUAUUGUAAGAUUUAUGUAAAUGUAUUAAGCUUUAAAACACGGUUGUAACAGACAUUCCAGGUCAAAACUGCACAGAAGUGUCUUUCUUUGUAAAAUGAGUCCUGGUUAUUUUUAUAAAGAGAUGAAUAGAAA